AUGCCAACUGCACACACAGUAACAGUACACCCCAGCCAAUACACUCCAGGGGCACGUGCGUUCAAGGUAUCGACCAGCGAUGCCCCGCUGAAAGACCUCAACGCCGAAAGCCGACACGUUCUAAUCAUCGGCGGUGGUGUCAGCGGACUGCUAGUCGCAUGGAUGCUUCUCGACAAGGGCAUCCGAGUGACAAUUCUUGCCAAAGAGUGGGCACGCACUUGGGACUUCGGCGAGCCCCGCAUCACUUCACAGAUUGCAGGGGCUUUGUGGGAGAUGCCCCCCGGGGGAUGUGGCUUGACUGAAAUCGAAUCUCUGGGUGCUGGCUGGGCUACUGUGGACCAUUAUCGAGAAUGGGCUAUGCAAAGCUACAACUUCUACAUGAAGUAUGCUGAGGUUUCUAAUGAGCAUGAGAAAGGAGGACACUCGUUUGGUCUCUCUGUUGCCAAACUUCAUCAAUUUUUCUAUGAGGAUGUUAUCACUUCGUGCAACACAAGAUUACCAAGGAGCGAACAUUAUGAGAAGUAUGCUGCCGUUAAUACGAGGAUUGGCGAUGUUGAGGUGUACCCGGACAAAGACGCAAUCGCACAACGAUUCAACAAAUCAUUUAUCAAUCUAAGCUAUGGUGGAAAAGAAUUCCAAAGCGGUUAUACCCAUAAGGCUCCGAUUAUCAAUACCGACAAAGCCUUAGCCUAUCUCAUGGCCCUUAUCCAGCGAAAAGGGGCAACACUCGAGACCCGAGAAGUGAAAGAUCUAAGACAAACCGGCCAGAGAUUGCUGAUAGACUACAAAGCGGAUGCUAUUGUCAAUGCCACAGGUCUCGGCGCUAGAGAUCUAAUCAAGGACGAUGAUGUUUACCCGGUUCGUGGCGCUAUUCGCCGCGUUGAAAAUACACGCCACAGCAAAUUCCGUCAUCUAAAUGACGCCUAUUUAGUUCCUGCACAAAUCGGGCCCGGUGGUCUCCCUUCCAAGACCGUGUUCAUUGUACCUCGGAACGACGAUAUCCUCUACGUGGGUUCCAUCAUACAGCCACAUAACGGUAAUAUGAACUUGACUCCUGAAUCGCCCGAAGUCCAGCAGAUGUGGGAUCGGGCAGGAGAGUUUAUGCCCAGUUUGAACCAUGCAGGCUUUGUGAACCAUUUCCCUUUCACCCAGGGCUUGCGGCCAUUUACCAAGAAGAAUGUCAAGGUCAGAGCUGAUGAGGACUGUGGAUUUCCUCUCGUCCAUAACUAUGGACAUGGAGGGUCUGGGUGGACACUAGGCGUGGGAACUGCCCAGUGCGCGGUCCAUAUUGUCGAAACGCUUAUCUAUGAUCAAGAUAAAGCUGGUCUUUUACAUGUGGUUGAUUUGCAGACAGAUUGGUCUGGCAGUACAAAGGAGAAAUUCUCCAAUGCAAUCAGAGGAACCCUGGGAGCAAGUGAAAAAGCUGAACUCUUAGAGAAAAUUCGGGCUUCAAGUUUCCCACAACCCUACAAAAAUCGGCUAACAAACGUGGUUAAGUCGUGGUCUGCGGAAUUGAUCAAGGCAUCGGCCAAGGUUGGCAACCAGACGUUGACAAAGGUCGGCGACAGGCUUAUCGAUGAUAAAACUGGUCUUUUAGAAGUGGUUGGACUGUCAGAUUGGAGCGAUGAGGAGAAGGACAAGUUUCGAAAUACAAUCAACGGGACCCUGGGACCAUCUGAUAAAAACGAGCUCUUGGCAAAGAUCCAGGUUACCACUUCUUUACGAUCUGACAAAGUUCGGCUCACAGAGGUCGUCGAGAUGUGGUCUGCAGAAUUACUCAAGGCGUCAGCCAAGGCUACCAACGGCGCUAUAUAUCCUAUUGGGGAUACUGUGUACAAAGCACGACUUUAG